CUCAUGCUGUAAAACCGUCCAGCUCCAAGUGAACGGCACAAAUCCAUAUAUGGCAAUGGUCUAUUUGCACAUAGUUAGUUUUGCAUACUAAGUCUUGCAUAGUUCUUUUUCUUUCGGUAUGUUGCGUUGAAAGUGUCUAAUAUUGCGUUGAUUCGAUCACCAUUCCCACAUUAAAGGGAAACGUUGACUUGAUAGUGUUAACUAAUGGGGGAAAUUCAAGAAAGUUGAGUAAAAUUCAAUCUCGUUUUUCUUCUGCGCUGCAGUCCAUGGGGAGCUGCGCAGCCGCCGGCAGUUUAGAGGGAACAUUGGAUUCAAGUAUUGUGUUUACAAGGCUUAUUAUUUUCUAAGACAAGAGACAACAUGCUAGUCUUCUUUUAUCAUAAUACACUUCAUGCGAGGAAAUUUGAAAAAAAGAGACACGGCACUAGUUUCCCGUUUCCAUGGCGACGUUGUCAAACAACCUGCUUGCUGCAGAAACCAGACAGCCGUUAGCUAAGCUAACCUCUGUUUUUCAUUGUAACUUCAUAAAAUAGCAAAUAUGGAGUUCACAGGUAGCAGUUACACUGGAGCCUUCAAGAAUGGCAGGAUGGAGGGAGAAGGAGAGUAUAAAUUCCCCACAGAGACAAGAUAUGUUGGGGAUAUGAAGGAUGGCAUGUUCCAUGGAAAAGGUGUUCUCUAUUUUCCAAAUGGAAGCAAAUAUGAAGGAACUUGGGAGAAAGGGAUAUCCAAACAGGGAAAGUAUACCUUCUCUGAUGGGCUGGAGUACCAGGAGAAGGACUGGGAGUUCUGUGAUGGUUAUGACAGACAGUUCUACACUGAGAGGUGCAAUGGACUCAAACCUGCAGGGGAGUCCCAGCUGACAGACCUGGACCCGCCGCGUGUCAUCCCAGAUGGCUGCUAUGACUGUGGGGACGGCUUCUACGACCCCAAAACCAGGGUUAUCACUGACUAUGAGCAUCACUUCCUGCGGAACGCAGAUGACUAUGAACGGGAGUGGAUUGUGUCCACUUGUCGGAAGAGCUGGGAUGAGAUCGUUGGACAUUCACCUGACAACUAGGCUGAAUUUCAGAACUGGACAUUGAGUUGAGGGGCCUGAGCAGCUGCUGAGUUAAAGGCAGCUAAUUUAUGGAAUGUUUAACUGUAUAGGCUACCUGUGAAUAAUAUUUUGUGAAAUAUGGAAUAUUCCACAUUUUCGUUAUUAUAAAUAUAUAUGAUUUUAACAGAUGCAUAAAAAACAUCGGUAGGUUUAUUUCAGAUGCAGAAAAACACAGCGAGGCGCAUGUAAUGUAGCCAGCCUAUACUGAAAUGAAACGUGAUAAAGAUCGAAAAAGAUGCUAACGCUUCAAACAUUUUCAUGCAGAAUGAGGAAAAAAACAUUUUGGAUUUGUAACUUGUAAAGCCAUUUGUUUACGUGUAAUGUUUGUCCUUUUAAUUCUCUGCAUGGUGCUAAAAUGGUUGUGCUGCCAGUGUAAUCAGUGUCAGAUUGUUCUCUCAAGUGUCCUGAAAGACUGCAGGUAGCAGCCUAAUGGAUGCAAAUCAACAUGAGAGAUGACUUCCUGUUAUACGUGCACUAUAUCCACCAGCAUAAUAUACAGUUGUUAUAGGCUUUGUUCCAGUUGUAGUCUUAUAUUGAGAUAUAUCUUGUCUGUCUGUACAAAAACACACCAAAAUUCUAAACCCCAAAAUCGAACAUGCAUUCAACUAUAGAAAGAAAUCUCAAUAUAAGGCUUUGGCUCCGGUAAUUGUAUUUUCUACUAUAAUGCUGUAUUUUUGGGGGCCAUAUUUCUAUAGUUUUAUGCAUGUUCGAUUUUGAGGGUUUUACAUUUGUGUGUUUUUGUACAGACAGACAAGCAUAUAUUCUGAGUGAGACGUUAUGUGUGCCUCAGCGAAAGCUGCCCUUUGAAACAGAACCCAGAGUAGGGGAUCAAUCUCAUGAUGCAGCCUGACAGUGACUUCCUGUCUGUGAUGGCGCUCCGCUGGGCUCGCGGGAGGAAUCAGCAGCAGAGCGGUGGAGAAAGAGAGGAGAGGAGAGUAGUUAUUACUGCACACACUGACCCAUGAAGCGCUCACUAGCACAGCCAUCGGCCUGUGAUUGCUUCCUACCCCGCGCCGGGCACACUCGCACGCACACACACACAACCAGGCAAACCCAGGCUUAAGGAAAAUUCAAACACACCAGAAUAACUCCGAGGCCUAUAAAAAUGUACAAUGCAUGAUGCAUAUAGCGUAGCAUGUGCAGACACAGUUAUCCAGCAGGAUCACUUAACCUCUAACACAGAUUUCAUAUUUCAAGAUCUAUUUUUAAAUUGGCUCCUCUGUGUGUGUGUGCGCGCGUGUGUCCUUUAUUGAUUGUUUGGUAUAAGGAGGUUAAAGUGCUUGCAUCAAAUUGUUGUGGUCCAACUGAAAUUAUUWWUUUUUUUAAAUACAAAUUUUACAUUUUAAAGUCAAUUUUAUUGCAUUUAGUACACAAAACACAGUCAAUCAAAUAAACCUUUGUUUCAUUUUUUAUAAAACAAUACAAUUUUGACAUUUUCUGAGAAAAAAAGUGCUUACAGACUAUUGUCUCAAUAAAUACAAGAACAUUGAA